GCUUUGCAAUCAAUUCAAUCAUCAUAUUUUCUAUUCUUUCAAGAUUUCCGGAUGGAAACGUGACCUGUGGCUACUUAUACUUUGCGCUGUGACCUGGUUUAACUCAUUAAAGCCCAAAAGCCAGAGCCAACUGGACUUCCAUCUCUUCCAACCUGAGACCGCCUUAAGUUACAUGUGGGUACAGGUGAGGUAGGUGCCUAGAGUGUCCACCUGCCACCUGCGACACCUCACUUCAGUAAAGGAGAGCAGGUUACAGACAGACAAAAACACAUAUUCAUUGCAUCAUGGAAUUUCCCCGAAAAAGCAAUGGACGCCUUUCUCACAAGACUUGGCGCGCAAGCCAUGAACAUGGCCAUUCGGUCUGGCAUAGCUUUGACAUCAACUUAUGCAGUUCAGCAGUGUGCUCGGCUUCUCAAAACAGUUGAUGACAAGUCGAUCCGCACAGAGCUGAGGUUGUUGCAGCAGGAACUCAAUGAGAGGAUCAAAAUAAUCUCACCCGCCAUUGACUUGAUCGAGUUCAAGGCUGGGAGAGGCAACGUCUUCCUCGAGAAUGCUGUUCCCCUAGCAAAAGGUCUUCGGCGAAGCAUUGUUGCCCUGGGUAAACGACUUGAAGAUGUUGCCUGCGCCGAGGAAGAGGCCCAACAGCACGCCCGUGAGGCCAGGGCAAGGCCACGGACGCCGGAGUCCCAGGCAGCGGAGCUACGCAGCAUAAUCUGCGAGAUGAAAACUCUUCUUGGUCGUAUCGAACGUGACGCUCACAUGCUUCAGUUCGCCAUCAGCGCAUCCGGCGAGAAUUUGUCAACUUCGUUGCCCCCUGGUGUUUCGCCCUCUCGCCUGAUGCAGGCUAGCACUUUUUUGAGCAUAGGGGACACACAGUUUGCCAGUGAUCCAUAUGGGCCGGUUCAAAUAGGGCCUUCAUUCACUCUCUCGCUCUAUCUGCUGUUCAUGGGCCAUAGCAAGACCGAGACGCGGGCAAGGCCUGCACAGGGCAAUGCGUUAACAACUAUAAAUUCCGGCAAUCCUGUCAAUAACUCCACUGAUCAGGUAGAUUCGCCUUAUGGCUUUCAAGAAGGCGAGCGAAAACCAUUGUGGCAGGAGGUUGUGCACAAAGCUCGCGUUAGGCUUUGUCGUGUCCCCCCUGACUGGAAGUUUGAUCGCGAGAGGGGCUAUAUUCCACUGCCGUUGCCUCAGUCACCGAACAGAGAUCAACGUGCGCAUUCUAGCUAUUCCUACACGGCCAAAAAUGAAUUCUCGUAUCACCUGGAGAUAAUUGAAGACUUAGACGAUGGCCGUCUCCAUGACGGCGAGGGCAGCUUCUUUGACGAUAUUCCAAUGGCAGGAAUAAGAGAGUCUAUACCAGUCCACCACCUUUCCAAAAUCUUCUACACUAACACGGGUAGAAUCUUGAAUAUUGGACAGGAACUGGCACCUGACAACAGCCCGGCCUUGCUACUGAAACGAGACUCAACGGCACCCACUCCGAAACAGGUCAUUGACGAUAUCCUACAAAGUAUGGAGGAGGCGGUAACGGGCGCGGACGAGUCCGACUUUCAGAACGAAGCGCUGAUGGACUCGCAAGCGGAGCUGGACUUGCAGAUUCUUAGGGAGAGUAGCGAGUCGCCCUCCGAGGAAGCACCAAGUCCACAUGACCAGCGACGACCGGCCUCGUGCCCGGUCCCUAAAAGCUCUCACAGUUUUCCGAAACACCUCGACCCGGAGUGGAUAGCCCUGGAAGUUUUUGCAGAGAUCGAGGACGAGAGCAACUACUCCACAGAGGAUGGAUCGAGCGACGACGACCCAGACUCGAGCAUGAGCACAGCCAAGAGCAGGUCCGACGUCAAGGGCAAACGCUCUUCCCUUGACACGAAACUCAUGCAACAAAUCAGAGACAUCUCUUUGCGCUCCGGCACGACGCCGCCACCGCACAGCGGUCGGGAGUCCAGGAAGACGGUCAGCCCAGAGUCGUUCGCGACCAGGUCGCCCUUUGGCUCCAUCACGUCGUCGCUCUCGCUGCUCGAGAUGAUCAUCCGCCUGGCCAGCCUCCAGGAAUUCCAGCAGACAUCCCACCUGUCGAUCCCCGACCAUAUUCUCACUUUCUUUCUGGAGGAGACGGCCACCACGGGUCUUUCGGGCGAGGACAGGUGGAAGGCCAGGAGCGAGGCCAAGAAGAAGGUUGGCUUUGAUCCAUACCAUGAUGCGGAAAGCUAGACUAUGCUGGAAUCUUUGCAUUGUAAACAAGAUAUAAGCUUAGCGUAAAUAUUGGACCACCCGUGUAGGGUUGCAUAUGAUGUUAUUUGUCCCACA